GUCUGCGAGACGACUCGUCCUCUGACGCUCAGGCUGCCGCUGACAGGACAGGGGAGAUUUCAGUCAACAUGGCUGAGCGCUACGACUGCACAGAGUGUAAGGAGUCCUUGUAUGGGCACAAGUACAUCCUGAAGGAGGACAACCCGUACUGCAUCAAGUGCUACGAGGAAACUUUCUCCAGCAGCUGUGAGGUGUGCCACAAGAUCAUCGGCUGCACCAGCAAGGAUCUGUCGUACAAGGACCGCCACUGGCACAGCGAGUGCUUCCUCUGCAUCAUGUGCAGCCGAUCGCUGGUGGACCGUCCUUUUGCCACCAAGGAUGAAAUGCCGAUGUGCAUCGAGUGCUACAGCAACGAGUACUCUUCCAAGUGCCAUGCAUGCCUGAAGACCAUCAUGCCAGGCUCCAAAAAGAUGGAGCACAAGGGCAACAGUUGGCAUGAGAAUUGUUUCACCUGCAACCGUUGCCAGCAGCCCAUCGGCAUCAGGAGCUUCGUCCUGAAGGACGCCAACAACUACUGCCUGCCCUGCUAUGAGAAGCAGUUUGCCAUGCAGUGCGUCCACUGCAAGAAGCCCAUCACCACCGGAGGAGUGAACUACCGCGACCAGCCCUGGCACAAGGAGUGCUUCGUCUGCACCAGCUGCAAGCAGCAGCUGGCCGGCCAGCGGUUCACCUCUCGGGACGACUUUGCCUACUGCCUCGACUGCUUCUGCAACCUGUUUGCCAAGAAAUGUGCUUACUGCACCACCCCGAUCAGCGGUCUCGGCGGCAGCAAGUACAUCUCGUUCGAGCAGCGGCAGUGGCACAACGACUGCUUCAACUGCAAAAGGUGCUGCGUGUCUCUGGUGGGCCGAGGGUUCCUGACGUGCAAAGACGACAUCCUCUGCCCCGACUGCGUCAAAGACAUCUGAGCGGUUGAAGCCGAAGACGGGUUCAACCGAGUUGGCUGCCCGUCAGAGAGUGCCGGCAGGUUCCUCCUAACCCAUCACUUAUCAGUUUCUCACACAUUAACCCGCUCUCACUGCUAAGGUGUUUUCUGCAUGCGCUGAUGAUACUGUGUUUUAUAUAAAUGAGUUGAGGCCUUCAUUCCAAAAUGUAUCGCUGAAUAUUGCUGAAUGUAUCACGGUUUCUCAGAAACAUUUUGAAAGCAAUGUUAAAAAUCUUAAAAUACUUAAUUUGUACAUUUAAUUUUGGAGUGAAACUUUUUUGUGUGGUAUCAAAAGAGCAUAUAAAAGCAUGUUUUAAUCGGUGGCACUGUGGUGUCAAAUGUUUUUAACAGAGUUAAUAUAAUACAACUAAUGCUGUUUCUUACGUAAAUUCUGUUU